AUGGCGCAGGCUGGAGGGUCUUACAACAAUCCCUUGAAGAAAUUCAAGUAUGCUGGUGUUUCUGGGGGAGCAGAGCGGCAAGAUACCCACAACCCAGACCCGAUUGGAAAAACUUCUCUCAUCACACGGUUUAUGUACGAUUCGUUUGAUAACAUGUAUCAAGCGACCAUCGGCAUCGACUUUCUGUCCAAGACCAUGUAUCUUGAAGACCGGACGGUGCGACUACAACUCUGGGAUACGGCAGGACAAGAGAGAUUUCGAAGUCUGAUUCCAUCAUACAUUCGAGAUUCAAGCGUGGCAGUGGUUGUCUAUGACAUCUCAAACGCAAAAUCAUUUCAAAACACGAAAAAAUGGAUCGACGAUGUUCGGGCGGAACGAGGCAACGAUGUCAUUAUUGUGCUGGUCGGCAAUAAGACUGAUUUAAACGAGAAGCGUGAAGUCACGACACAACAAGGGGAGGAUGAAGCUAAAAAGAACAAUUUGAUGUUUAUGGAGACUAGUGCGAAGCUAGGCCACAACGUCAAAAACCUAUUCAAACGGAUAGCGCAAGCGUUGCCCGGUAUGGAGGGAGCUGAUGCUGCAGCUCAAGCAUCCAGUCAGACCUACUCAAGAGGGAUGCUCGUGCUAACCAUCCAUCGUGGGCCCGAAGGGCGCGGAGAAUAUCCCCGUGUUGAUUCGCCUGCUGCAGCGCAUUUCGGGAAUCAUGUCGAAGUUUACAAGACUACAUCUAAGGGCUCCGCGACCACAGUGAGCCUUCAGACUGGAACAGAACUCAUCUCACUGGCGCUGGUAUUCAACAAGGUCACAGGAGUUUAUGGAUUGUUGGCAAUUUUGACUGGUUACCAGCUAUCUUUGCUUCAACUGUCGACGUACGUGUACUCGAUCGGUGUCCUGGGACUGCUUGUGUAUCUUAUUCCCUAUAUCCGACGACAGAGUCCUUUCGAAUGCUUGGCAUUAGCAUGGUUAUACGUUCUAGACACGACGAUAAACGGAGCUUAUACGGCCACGUUUGGGCUUGACUGGUAUUUUGCGAGCACCGCAAACAACGAAUCGGAUUCAGCAUCUACAUCCCUCCCAGGCAUUGUUGCACAAGGGUUCGACGGCCUUCGGCGAGAGCGCGCUGUUCAUGGCAAAGCUGUACCUCAAGAGACGGCUACUAGCAUGGUGUUGAUUGUGGGACUUACCCUCAUCCGAGUGUACUUCAGCCUGGUGGUGAUGGCAUUUUCCCGCCAAGUAUUGCAAAAAUAUAUGCAAUUGAUGAUUCUUGAGGGACCUGGUGUGGAUGAGAACGAAGGACCCUUCGCUGCUGACCUGCCAGACGGUGACGGCCGAAAAGGACGACUGGGCAGACUCAUGGUGUCUUUGGGCAAGGGAUACUGGUUGGAUAUCCCGGGAUCUGAGAACUGGGAGAGGAGUGUAGACGGAAAACCGCACAGUAAUGGUACUCUAGCGGGCCAAGUGAGCUCACAGUAG